ACAUGCACUCAGGCCAAGUGGACAAGCUAAAUCGCCCCUACGUGUGAGUAAAUGGGUCUGUCUGUCUCUCUGUCUGUCUGCCCUGCGAUGGACUGUGGACCUGUCCAGGGUGUAUCCUCCCUUCCGCCUGAUGACCGCUGGGAUAGGCUCCAGCACCCCCUGCAACCCAGAAGGAGAAGCGGCUUAGGAGAUGUGUCUGAAGCCUCAGGACAUUCGGGCCUCAACCAAGACAGCAACAGGUUUGUCCACUUCUGAUCUUCUCUGAAUGACCAUAAAGGCCAGGAUAGGAUGGCAUGUUGUGAAGAAGCAGAGGCCCAGCUCGCUGAACUGGAGCUCCUGACCAGCAUGUUCCCCAGCCAGGAGGAGCUGGUGGUGGACCAGCUGGCCUAUGAGGAGCUCAGAGCUUUUGUGGAGGGAAGAGCUGAUAGUCCACCAACCACCAGACCUCAGUUCUCUAUCAGGAUCAGUGUGGACUCCCCCACAGCCGACGGGGUGGACAUCACACUGUCCUGUGCGUUCCCACUGGACUACCCAAAAGUGUUGCCCGAGAUUGCGGUCAGGUGCUCCGAGCUGAAUCGCGCUCAGCACACUCAGCUGGUCUCUGAUCUGACGUCGUAUCUGAGGGAGAGCUGUGACGGAGGCAUGUGCGUGCUGACCGCUGUGGACUGGCUGAAGGAGCACACGCCGGGGUACCUGAGCGAGAGCCCGCCGGCGGCCCGGAAAGAGCCGCCCGCUGGGCAGAGCGGGGAGAUGUUCAGCAGGCUGUGGAUCUACAGCCACCACAUCUACAACAAGAGCAAGAGGAAGAACAUCCUGGAGUGGGCCAAAGAGCUGGACCUGUCUGGCUUCAGCAUGCCGGGGAAGCCGGGGAUGGUCUGUGUGGAGGGUCUGCAGCCCGCCGCCGAGGAGUUCUGGGCCAGAGUGAAGGUGUUGACCUGGAAGAGGAUCAUGAUUCGGCACAGGGAGGACGUUCCUCUGGGCUCGUCUAACACCGUGGACUCGCUGCGCAAGUUCUCCGGCUUCGAGGAGGCUGUUUUCGACCCUCACGGGAGCAGAGGAAAUCAUAUGGACCUUGGCCAGCUGUUCCAGUUCCUCAGCGAUCGAGGCUGUGCAGAGAUAUUCCAGAUGUACUUUGGAGUCGAGGGGAGAUAACGGACCUGGCGUGCCUUUGUGUUUCAGGACUUCGAGACUUUUAACUGUAUGCACUACCUCCGUUUAUGAUGGAAUAAAUGUUUUAUGUCUGUA